AUGUCCGAACCUCCUUUCGGUGCAAAAGCACCCCCUGAAGUCGGCAUUGAUAAAGAGGCAAUAUGGACCUUUGACAGUAGCAACCCUGAGAGCACGAACUUGGAGCAAUCGGAGAAUCCUGAACCAUCGGCUGCCAGUGUUCUAUCAGAGAAGACUGAGGAGGAAACAGAGAGGGAAGCACAGGUCCGAUCUGAACAUGGUUGGGGUGAAGUGUCCAGGGAUACGUCAGCUGAGGAAGUGGAACGUCUUCGAGCAGCCAUGAACGCGCAAAUACAGCUGAAUCAACAAAGGGAACAUCUGGUCAAGCGUUUGGGUGGGAAGGAUGAGCGAGGCAUCAAGGGACCGGUGGCUGCAGGGGCCAAGUCGAGAGUGUCUCCUAUCCAUGAAGAGACAUCACCCCCACUGGACGAAGCCUCUACCGGCCCCUUUCCGUUAGGUCUUGAGACAACCUCGACAGAAUCAGCGAGGACUAUCCGUGGUGGGACUACCCCGGGUCCAACAGCUGCAAGAACCCCUUCAUACCCCUUCCCUCCAAUGCGAACUCCCGGCCAGUUCAACUACGGCCAUCGUCCAUUCACCGCUUUGUCACCCACCGUUAAUCCAGCAAACUUUGCGGGCGGUUCAUUCGAUGGAGCUCCCCACGACCAAGUGUUGUCCGGAUCAGUGACUCCUGCAUCGACGUUGAGGUUUCAGGCUGUUGGAACUUUUCAAGAGCAACAUGACCCUAACUUUGAGACUCCAAACACAUACGAACUAACUCUGAUGCUUAAUGCAGAGCCGGGUCUUGAUGCAUGGUGGACCACUGUCGUGCAAAUAAUGAGAAGUCUGUACCUCGCUUCGAGAGUAACGCUUUCUGUACCUGCGGAUUCCACAGAUGUUGAGAACGUGCCAUGGGGUCAGAAGGCGACAUUCAAUAUGUUAGAGGAAGACGAAUUGAGCUUGACAUACCUGCCAAGAGGAAGCAGCAUGGUCCCGAGCAGUGUUGGCACGAAUGAGACAUCAAAUUCCGAGGACACAAAUCCAGCCGAGGACUAUCCGCUUGUGAUGUCGUCGCCACAGCUGCUCGGCGCUCUGCGACCUGGUCUCCUUAGCAGGCAUUCUUUCACUUCGUACGAGGACACAAAGCGUGAUCCGACCUCGGGUUCGGAAGCAAGCAGGGCCCAAGCUGCACGACCUUCUCCCUUGGUCAGAGCUAAGAGCUACUUGAGCGCUCGCCCUGAGCUGCCACCACGUACAGCAACUCUGCAAAAUGCACAACUCAGCUUGCAGUCUCUGCAGGACCAUAUGGCAACCGAAGACUCGAAGCCCCGAAGCCCCUGGGAAAACUCGCAGUCUGCAAGCCGAGAAGAUAAAGGACGGGUGUUUCCAGUGCUGCAAGCUCUCGACUACGAAGCAGAGCCACUGAUAGACAAUAAAGGUGUUAUGAGAGUCCUGGAGCGUGGAAGACUAAUUACGCUGACGCGCGACUAUCCAUAUGUGGGAAAUCUUGGAGACGAGAAGAGUGGCGGCAGCAUCAAAUCUUCGCACCCAAGCUCGAAGUCAAAGACCCCUCCGACUGAUAAAACAAAGAAGAACAAAUCUCCCGACACCAGUUCUCGAAUUUCGUCCUUCUUUGGUACCAGGGCUAGAAGAGGUAGUAGAUCGCGCAGUCAAAUGAGUGACAAGGGCAAGACUCUGCCGACAUCAACACGUGUGGCUGGUGAAGUGCUUCUUCCAGCUCUCAGUUACGAAGAGUAUGAACAAGCUCCACCUUCGCCAUGGUCCCAAUCUCCUGCACCGUCACCAGCUGUUCGAGACGAGACACAAGAGAAUCCCUUUUUUGUGAAUGCCCCAGUUGACGAAGAGACUUUCAAUCCACGCAGAUCACCACAGGACUACACCGAGACGCCGCAGCUCGCGGCCCUAGGCGCGGAUAGAUCAUGGACUGUCUUACAUGUUCCACUGUUUCACCCACUCCUUUCAAAGCCAGUGCAGGCCUUCCGCUUGGAUACUGCUGCAAUGGAAUCUAAAGUAGCAGGGCGCGGUAAAGGAGUCGACACUCUUCCCAAGGAUGCAGAUGAAGUGAAGACCAAAGAAACACAAGAGAAGAAAGGCAAAGGAUCUCCAAUUGCUAUCCUCUCAAUUCUCAGCCCAGCUAUUCCGUAUCCCUCGAUUCUCAGGCAUUCUCUGAGCCACCUUGCUCCUCAUCUCGCAACGUCAUUUUCCCUUUGUCGACACUUCUCAAACCUUGAGACUGAGGUCGCUGGCUUGUCUCGAAAAGGCCCGCAAACCACGGGAUUUGGUGCUGUUGCUCCAGGAGGAAGUCGCUCUAUGGAGGACGGGAUGAACUUGGGAAAUACGACAUAUUCGCCAGUUGAUGAGAAUGAUCGUCAGCCAUCUAAUGGAGGUAGUAUGACCAGUCCAAGUGACUACUCUGGUAUUUCAAGAAGCGCAGCAGGAUCGCCAGCAGGAACUCCAGGAUGGGAUCCAGGUAGUGUCGGUCUCAGUAUAGACAAGCGCUCAAGCGGGGGAAGUCCUGGCUACAUUACCGGUGAAAGCUAUUUCAGCAGCAAGACGAGACCGGGAUUAGGUCAAGCACAUACUGGUUCGGCGAGCAGUAUCACAGGGGCUCGACGCACAUCGAAGGAAUCAUCUCCAGCUGAAACUAGGGGACAUAGGAGCGCUAGGAACGCGGAGGAGAGGUCUGUUGAUGUGGAAGUCUCCCUGGCUACGGAUCAAGGCGAUGAUGUUUCGAGAGAGAAGUCAAAACAAGAGGAAUCUCGUUCUUCAAACACCACCCCUAAGCAAGAACCGCGCCUUCCCCAUACACGCCCCUCCCGAGAUACCGCUCCAGAUACCUCUGAUAUCAGAGAACUCAGCCCUUCUCGUCAGCAUUUCGAGACAAGCCUUUCUCCCCGGCGACUUGCAAUUCGCACGGCUUCUUCCCAAGGACCGGCAAAACACGAUCGACAUCAUACGCAGCUUCACUCCUAUGGAGCGGACUUUGGUGCAACCUUCCAAUCUCUGCCAAACACUUCAGUAACGCUUGCCAAGGGUGCUCCUUUCCCCAAAUCACACAGUCACUCAAGCUCCUUGUCGGUGCCGCCUGACUUCAUGCCCCCACCAUCAGAUCGAGUCAAAGGUAUCAUGCUCGAUUCUUUACCGAUGCAUAUUUUCAUUGCGCUACCCCCGACAGGAGAGAUAGUGUGGGUCAACAGCCGAUACCUGACCUAUCGAGGUCAAAGUGUCACCGAUUUGCACGAGGAUCCAUGGGCAAGUAUCCACUCCGAGGAAAGAGAGGAGUAUCUUAAGGCUUGGAGCCAUGCAAUUCGUACAGGAGAACAAUUCUCCAUGCAAGUUCGCCUCAAGCGAUUUGAUGGGACUUACCGCUGGUUCUAUACUAGAGCUGUUGGUUUACGAGAUAUCCGCGGCGUCAUUGUGCAAUGGUAUGGGACUCACAUGGACAUCCAUGACCAACACAUCGCAGAAGUGAAAGCUGCCAGACAAGAGGAGAUUGAGGCUUCAGAGGCGAAGCAUCGCCAACUUGCGAACCUCAUCCCUCAGAUCAUCUUUUCGGCGACAGAAGAUCAAGGCGUGACUUUUGCGAACCAACAGUGGCUGUCAUACACCGGACAAGACUUCAAUGAUUCUCUUGGACUAGGCUUUCUGGAUUUUGUUCAUCCUGAAGAUCUUGCGAAAUGUCAAAUACCUAUUGAUCAUCCGCCAGUUCCAAGAGCGAAGAAACCCGCCGAACCAGCGCGCAAUCUUUCUCACGCCUCUUCAGGCGGCAAAUCUUCAGAUAAAUCUGGUACAGUCUCUGAGGCACCGGCCGAGAAUACCAUUAAAGGUAUCUAUCAGUCGCUUUCGAGAAGCAAUAGUUCUAGUUGUGGAUCGGUUUACGAAUUCCCUUCAGCUGAUCUCGCAGCGCUCGCAAAGACCGGUAUUGUCAAGGUCGAAACCGAUAGCGAAGGGCGGCUCUCCUACAGUACGGAGGUACGGCUCAGAUCUAAGAAUGGCGAGUACCGCUGGCAUCUCGUUCGAUGCGUUGAGGUGGAUAAUAUCAACCUUGGAACGGGGGACGGGUCCUGGUUUGGUGCCUGCGCUGAUAUCAACGACCAUAAGUUAUUGGAGAUGAAACUCAAAGAGGCAAUGGACUCGAAGAGCAAAUUCUUGAGUAACAUGUCACACGAAAUUCGAACUCCGCUGAUUGGAAUCUCCGGCAUGAUCAACUUUCUUCAAGAUACCAGUCUCAACGACGAGCAGAUCGAUUACUGCAACACCAUUUCCUCCAGCGCGGACGGUCUUUUGAGAAUCAUCAACGACAUUCUUGAUCUUGCAAAAGCAGACGCAGGUAUGAUGAGGCUGACUUAUGGUUGGUUCCACACACGCUCUUUGGUAGAAGAAGUCAAUGAAAUAGUGUCGACCCUCGCAAUCACAAAACAUCUGGAAGUCAAUUAUGUUGUUGAUAUGGACGUUCCAGAAAUGAUAAAAGGCGAUAGGUUCCGCAUACGCCAAGUGCUGCUGAACGUGAUUGGCAAUGCAAUCAAGUUUACCACGGAAGGAGAGGUGUUCAGCUCCUGCAGGCUUCUCAAAGACGAAUCGGAAGCCCUGGAAGAGAAUGAGGUCAUGCUUGAAUUCUCAAUUAUUGAUACAGGACGUGGAUUCACCCAAGAUGAAGCGGAACAGAUCUUCAAGCCCUUCAGUCAGCUCGACUCCAGCAGCACUCGCACUCAUGGAGGAACUGGGCUUGGACUCGUUAUUUCUCGUCAACUGGUUGAGCUUCAUGGCGGCAAGAUGGAGGGCACUGCAGAACCUGGGAAAGGUUCUACUUUCACGUUCAGCGCGAAGUUUUGGUUGCCAACACCGGACGAUCAUCCGGAGCCUCUACUCACCCCAGCCGUACCCUCGACUAGAUCGUCUGUGCGGUCUUCAAUCUCAAUGGAGGCUCCACCACGUAUUGUCCAAAACCUCGUUGGGCAUCCCAUCUUGGCUGGGAAGUUGGUUCCUUCCCCGUUGGGAGACAGUCCCAGGACCGAACCUACCGAUUCUCCAACUCUCGUCUCCUCAGGAAGCUCUGAUCCAUCAGUCAAUUCCUUGCGGUCCCAUGCCACACAACGAUCGUCGGCCUCUUCCAUCACACAAAGUCUUGCGCACUUCAGUGAAGCAGCACGAGCCGUUGGAGCUGAUACAAGCCAAAUGAAAUUAGCUCUUCCUGAUCGCGUCUCUUCACCUCUAGCGUCGUCUUCCUUGCAGGUAGAAUCACUUGAAUCCAAGCUUCGAGCCGAGUCAACAUCAACAGUAACAACCCCCAUGCCAGCUGGCCAGCUUUCUGCACAGGCAUCCACUAUUUCUCGUGAAAGUAGUGUCUCGUCUUCUGAUCUGAAGCUAUUCCGGCCUCCGAUGUACUCCAUUUUACUGAUUUGCCCCCAAACACACAGCCGCGAAGCCACGACUCAGCAUAUGGAGAUGACAUUGCCAAAGGACAUUCCACAUCAGAUCACAGCACUUCCAAGUGUUGACGAAGCAAGAGAGAUGAUUGGUGGAGAUGAUCCUGUUGUCUUUACCCACAUAGUCCUGAAUCUUGGAUCUGCCGAGGAGAUUGUUGCUCUGAUUGAUCAAAUCGUGGCGUCUAUUUCCCUACCCCAAACCUCAGUUAUCGUCCUAUCUGAUCCAGUUCAACGCCAAGAGGUUAUCAAGAUGGCAACUGUCUACGACUAUGAUCAGCUUGCUAAAGACAAUCGUGUUACCUUCAUUUACAAACCAGUCAAGCCGUCACGUUUCGCGAUUAUCUUCGACCCGGAGAAGGAAAGAGACCUCAGCACUGAUCGUAAUCGUUCGACUGCUCAGCAGCAGGUGGCAACCCAAAGACAAAAUUACGUUGACAUUGCGAAGCGCCUAGGAAAUAAAGGCCACAGGGUACUCUUGGUGGAAGACAACGCAACAAAUCAGAAGGUCCUACUCAAAUUCCUCAGCAAGAUCGGAAUCGGUGUUGAGCUGGCGCUGGAUGGUGUCGAAUGCACUGACAAGGUGCUCUCUCAAGAUCAUUCCUUCUAUUCCCUCAUUUUGUGCGACCUGCACAUGCCCAACAAAGAUGGGUAUCAAGCCUGCCGCGAGAUCCGCGAAUGGGAAAAGAAGGAAUUGUAUCCGCGCAUGCCAAUCAUCGCCCUGUCUGCAAACGUCAUGGCUGAUGUUCUCGACAAGUGCAUUGAAGCCGGAUUCAGCAACUACAUUACCAAGCCGGUUGAUUUCAAAGCUCUCAGCGCCGUGAUGGGCGAUCUUCUGGAUCCAACAGAAUCAGCACCCGCCCAGCUGGUCAAGGAGAGCGCUUAG